GUCUCUAUCAUUUGUGAUACUUUUAAAAUCAGAUUUUUUGUUGUUGUUGAGUUGUAGGAAUUCUUUACUUAUUGUGGAUGUUAAUCCCUUAACAGACACGUGACUUGCCCAUAUUUUCUCCCAUGUUAUGAGGGGCCUCUGCACUCUGUUGGUAGUGUACUUUUAUGUACAAAAGUUUUUAAUUUUGAUAAAAUCCCGUCUAUUUUUUUUCUUUUCUUGUCUUUGCUUUUGGUGUUUAAAUAUUCACUCAGUCAUAGCUAAGAAAUCAUAACCAAAUCCAAUGUCAUGCACAUUUUCCAUUAUGUUUUCUUGUAAGAGUUUAAUAAUUGUAGCUUUUACUUUUAGGCCUUUGAUACAUUUCAUGAUAAUUUUUGUGUGUGGUUUAAGGUGAGGAUCCAACUUCAUUCAUUUGCAUGGGGCUAUCCAGUCUUUCCAGCACAAUUUGUUGAAAAGAUGAUCCUUUUCCCAUUGAAUAGUCUUAGCAUGCUUGUUGAUGAUCACGUGACCGUAUAUACACCAGGGAUUAUUUCUGGGCUUUUUAUUCUAUUCUGUGGGUCUAUAUCUCUGAUUUCAUGCCCUGCCAUACUGUUUUGAUUACUGUAGCUUUGUAGCAUGUUUUGAAAUCAGGAAGAAUGUACCCUUCCAAGUUUUUCUUUUUCAAGAUUGUUUUGGCUAUUGGGUUUUUUUUUUCAUUUUAGAAUGCAUUAGUUUUUUUCUGGGCCAGCUCUUUGUAAGAGUCCUCACACCUCCCUUCUCGGAGAGUCAGGGGAUGGGGAUAUAGGGGAUGCAGUAGCUUUCCAGAGCCCCAUCCUUCUCUUGCAGCCCUACCAUGGAGGCGGACUGCACAUGUGGCUCUCUUGGUGACUCCAUGUGUGGUCCCUACUCUGCUGCUUGGGUCUGUCGACCGUUCAGGAGGCUCCUGACGCCACCCCUUCUCAUCUGGUUCUGUUGCUGGUGCUGUGACAAAGAAAGGCGUUUAAGUUCUGGGUCAGUGACCAUGCUCAGGGAGCGUGUUUCUGCAGGUGCUGCAGUGCACCCCUUCCACCGCGAGUGCUGCUUCACCCCUUCCUGUGUGGGUCUUGCCUGCCCUCUCUGUUCUUGGUCAUAGCCCUCCCUUGUGCUUUCGGGCCUACAGAUUAUAUUUUUUUCCUGUUUUUUCUAAACGUGAAGCUUGGAUUUUCAAACUUUUUGUUAAUUUGGUAGCAGUGGUGAGGGCAUUCUCCUUGUUGUUUUAAGGUGAUUUCUAGAAGGAAAUAGGAAAAAUAUGUAUGUAGCUAUACUUACACUCAAGGUCAGUUUUCUCACCUUGAUAACCUCCUAGGGUUGUGAACAUUGAAAAAGGAAGUGUUCCAGUGCCUCUUGUGGUGGCUGCACACAGUAGGCACUUAGCAAAGGCACAUCCACACUCCUGCCCCGUGACAUGACAGUAGGGUCUCCAGCCAUGGCAGGGCUGAGCUUGAGGGUGGGGGAGGGAAGACCCCAAGAGGCUUUUGAUGGCUGCACACAGUAGGCACUUAGCAAAGACGCGUCCGCACCCCCGCCCUCUGCCAUGACAGUAGGGCCUCCAACCCUGGCAAGGCUGAGCUUGAGACUGGGGGAGGGAAGACCCCAUGAGGCUUUGGUGGGUGUGGGCUAGGCUUGUGGGGGCAGCUCAUGGUCUGUGGCUCUCAGCACCGUGGACAGUGCCUGGCCAGCUGUGCUUGGGGCCUCCCACAGAGGAUGGGUGUCUGGCAUUUGCAUUCUGUCCUGGGUGGUGCCUUGUCUCUGGGCCUUGAAGUGGCAGCAUCCUGUUCUCUGACCACACAUCCUACCCAGCCUCUGUGCCCUGCCCCGGCCUGUCUUUCUCCAGGUCUCUCUCAGCUGCUGCUGACCAGCCUGACCCUGGGUUGUUCUCCACUCACACUGACCCCUGGUCCUCCUGUCUCCCCUGCCUUAGGUCCUGUGGCCUAUGACUCCACCCCUGUUUCUGAGGCUGCCUGUAGGAAAGCCACCUGUGUGAUGGGACUCUUCUUGGUCCCAGGUAGGGCCAGGGCCAGGGCCAGCCCUUCCCUGCCCUGUUGUGGGUCCCUGUGCCCUUCUCCAGAGAGGAUCCCCACCUUCUCUUGAGGCCCCUUCCCUGCUCCUCUGCCCUCCUUUCCUCCCAGAGCCUGCUCCGCUGGGGCUGUGCUUCCAGCACAGUGGUGAAGAGCCUGCACUUCAGGCCCUCACCGCCUGCUGCCUGCUGCCUCCACCCUGGACGAGGGCCGGGCCCACUCCAUGGUUGGUCUCCAACUCUGUGAUCUGUGAAAGGACAGAAAAGUGCCUUCCGCACGGACCUGGGAGCUCACUGAAGUGAUGGCCACCGGCUCUAGGCAGGGCCUGCCGGGCCCCUCCUCUCCUGGAAAGCUGGCCUCUGGUGAAGUGAACAGCCUCUGGAGUGAAAUGUGCCUGAGUGGAUGGGGCCCAUGGUCCCCUCCUUAUGGCCUGAAGGUGACAGUGGGUGACCCUGCUUCUCCUGGCCACCCCAUGGCUGGACCUUCUCCCUGCCAGGAGAUCCAAGCCUGAGGGCACAGCUUGACUCCUGGGCUGCGUGCAGCUGCAUGCAGGGGUGCUCCCUGCCCCCUGCCCACAUGACUCAGGUGCUGGCAUCUUGCUAUUUGCUGCUGCCAUCCUGGGGAGAAGGGACUGGCGGGCAGUGUAGGCAGCUGGGCAAUGGGCAGAGGCCGGCCUCCUGGGGAAUAGUAGAGGUUGGGGUGGAGGCAGCCCUGCAGGUGGGGGAGGGAGAAAGGAUGUGUGUUGCUAGUGUUCUGACCACCCAUUUGUGCCGUUAGCGAUUGGUGCUUCUCCACUGCUGAUUCUGGGCGUGGUCUACGAGGUGCCUGGGGGUGCCCGGCUGGCAUUCUGCUUGACAUGGAGUUGAAGUUGCUAUAACAACACUGAUUCAUGUAACUGCAGCUCCCCAGCUGGGCCCUCCUCCUCCUCUGGCUCUCUGGCACACACGCGAGCACACACGCUCACACAUGCCACUCGGACGCACAUGCGCAGAGACCGUACUCCAUGCGGAGGCUGCACAGGGCUGAUGCUGGCAGGGGCGCGUGGGCCUGGGCAUGGCCAGGCCUCCCCCACCGAGCAUCUGGCCUGUGUGUGGGGGGGUGUCAGGUACCCAUCAGAGGAGGAGGUGGCGGCCUGCUCACCGAGGGGAGGACUGGGCAGCGUCUGAGAGUGGGUGCGGGCAUGAGCCGUGGCUGUGACUCAGUGUCUCCCACACGCAGGAUGAGCUGCGGCACCCGCGGGUGCUGCCUGUUCCUGAUGCCGAGGUGGGCAGGGCUUGUCUUUUGCUCUGUUAGGGGCUGGCCCAGAAUGCCGAGCUGCGGGCAGGUGACAGUGCUUGCCCAGGUCAUCGGGGGUUGGGGACUUGCCCACAGCCUGGGGCCGACACUCCCACUGAAGGAAACCGGAAGACUCUGUGGUUUGCCCCACGCUGCUUCUCCUGGUUUAGGUGUGUGACUCCUCUGGGUGCUGCCCUUCUCCCGCCUCACACCAGACCCCUCAGUACUGCUGGGCGCCUGCCUCUGCUUCUGGGGUCUCCCAGCAAGGGCGCUGAGCUCCAGGACACACUCCUGCCUGUGCCACCGUCCGUGAGCCCACCCUGACCUCCACCUUCGUGCUUGGUGGGGGGCACUGAUAGGUUUUAGCAAGGACAGGCCCCACUGGGUGCUGGAAGGGAGAGGCCAGAGGCACCCCUGGCACUGACAGGAGGGCGUUGGGCAGCUCACUUCCCUGGACACCUGCUGCCCGGCCCUGGGGUUUAACCCUUCAUCCUGGGACCUUCACAGAGUGGGCAGGUGCUGGCCGCGUGGAGGUGGCUGAGAUGUGGCCUUGGGCUGCCACGGCCCACAGGGGCCUGGGCUGGGUGGAUGCUGUGGAGACAGGAGUUUCCCUGGUGCUCCAGGAGUCAGGGAUCAAGGGCAGGCGGAUUCCCAGGGGAGCAGCUUCUGGCACUGACUCUGAAGAUGAUUUGGAGCCCAGCAGUUGGGUCAGGGCAAGGCCCUCACAGCCCUGAUUGACUGCCGAGGCCUGGAAAGCUGUGUGCCUGCUUCGAGUCUGCAGUGCUGGGACUGAGGCUGGAGCCAGGGACUUGCUGUGGGUGACGCUGGGAGGCCAGCUGUGAAGCUCAGUGUGGAGGCUGCUGGCCCUGCCAUCUGUAAGAAGAUGUCGUAUGGAUCCAUCGCUGGCGGAGGUGGCCUGGGGAGCCGUGGCCCUUUUGGGGGACCUUCAAGACAAGGCUGUCAGCCCCUAGAGUGCGCUAGAUGUUGGACCGAGUAUGGAAUCCGCCAUUUCCCCUGCCCAUCGCCAGAGAGCAAGCUGCAGAACCCCUGUGUGGGGAAGGACGGGGAAGGUGAUCUGGGGCCGGCGGGCACGCCUAUUGUCCCAAGGGCCAGGAAGCGAGGGCCUGGGGUUGCCCCUGAAGGCAGCCGGAUGCCGGAGCCCACCUCAUCGCCCACCUCAUCACCCACCACUGGCCUGAGGAAGGACUUGGCCGCUGGGCCCCAUGGCCGCAUGGCGGGGCCCAGCGCUACCCGGGCCAAGAAGAGGAAGCCCAACUUCUGCCCGCAGGAGACCGAGGUGCUAGUGUCCAAGGUGAGCAAGCACCACCAGCUGCUGUUCGGCACGGGGCUGCUGAAAGCCGAGCCCACUCGCAGGUACCGCGUGUGGAGCCGCAUCCUGCAGGCCGUCAACGCGCUGGGCUACUGCCGCCGUGACGUCGUGGACCUGAAGCACAAGUGGCGGGACCUGCGAGCCGUCGUGCGGCGCAAGCUGGGCGACCUCCGGAAGGCGGCCCAUGGCCCCAGCCCCGGUUCCGGCAAACCCCAGGCCCUGGCCCUCACGCCUGUGGAGCAGGUGGUGGCCAAGACCUUCUCUUACCAGGCCCUGCCCUCUGAGGGCUUCGGUCUGGAGCCGCCCAGAGCCACCCAGGUCAAUCCGCGUGACCUCCAGGAGCUGUUCCAGGAGACGUCGGCCAACGUCUUUCAAAUCAACUCCAAUGUGACCUCUUUGGAGCAGAGCCUUCAGUCCUUAGGGACACCGAGGGACACGCAGGAGCUUCGGGACAGCCUGCACACGGCACAGCAGGAGACCAACAAGACCAUCGCAGCCAGCGCCACCACCGUGAAGCAGAUGGCCGAGCUGCUGCGCGGCUCCUGCCCGCAGGAACGUCCUCAGCUGGACCGGCUGAAAACCCAGCUCUUGGAUGCCAUUCAGCGCUAUGGAGUGGUGCAGAAGAAAAUUGCAGAAAAGUCCAGAGCGCUGCUUCCCAUGGCACAGAGGGGCAGGAAACAGCAGAGUCCCCAGGCCCCGUUUGCUGAGCUGGCUGAUGAUGAGAAGAUGUUUAAUGGGAGUGACAACAUGUGGCAGGGCCAGGAGCAAGCGCUGCUCCCGGACAUCACCGAGGAGGACCUGGAGGCCAUCCGACUGCGAGAGGAGGCCAUCCUGCAGAUGCAGAGCAACUUGCUGGAUGUGAAUCAGAUCAUCAAGGACUUGGCCUCCAUGGUGUCAGAGCAAGGAGAAGCUGUCGGGUCCAGCAGCAGCAAAGCUAUGUGCCGGCAGAGCUGCAGCCCCGAGCUGGCUACGGUGGCCCUGCUGCCAGGUGCCGGGCCGGGCUCCACGCCCCUGCGGCCAGGCCCCCACCCCCGCACCAAGACACGCAAGCCCAACUUCAGCCCCCAAGAGACGGAGGUGCUGGUGCAGAGGGUGAGGCGCCACUACCCGCUGCUGUUUGGGGCACUGCGGGGCACGCCUGCCCGAAAGCACCGCGUGUGGAGCCGCAUCCUGCAGGCAGUGAACGCGCUGGGCUACUGCCGUCGCGACCUGGGUGACCUCAAGCACAAGUGGCGGGACCUGCGAGGCGCUGUGCGCAAGAAGCUGGCAGAGGGGGGCCCCGCCCCCGGCCUCAUCCUCACGCCUGUGGAGCACAUGGUGGCAGAGACGUUUUCUGCCCACGGUCCCCAGGGCGAGGGCCAAGCCACGGAGCCCCUGCCAAAUAGUAUUGAAGCCAGCCUUGAGGCUGCGUCCUCGCAUGCGGAGGCAGCCCGCCAGCUCCUGGCUGGAGCCAGCAGGCACCAACCGAUGAGGAGGACGAGACCCCCAGCUGCUUGUGGCUGCCCCUGCGGACCCUGGAAGGCCCCAGCCCGCCUGAACCUGACCCCCUGGACUUACGAGGAGUCUUCCAUGCACCCACCUCCUCACCCUCCCCACCUGCUUCCCCAGCCUCCACCCCACCAGCAACCACACUCAUGGGGUCCUUCCAGCCUUCCCCGCCCUCUUCGGCGCCAGCACCUCCCUUGCCCUCCAGGAGGACCCCAGUGGCAGCAUCUGAAACGUCCGCAUUUGAGCAGCGACUGCUGGACUCCCACCGGCGGCAGGGCGCCCUGCUCUCCUCCUGGGCCCAGCAGCAGAGCACACUCAUGGCCCAGCAGAACCUGCUGCUGCAGCAGCUGGCUGAGCAGAGCCAGCGUCUGGCCGAUGGUGUGGAGGCCCUCAACCGGACCCUUGAGAGGCUGGUGGAAGCACACCCCGCCAGGGAAGCCUCACCCUCACUGCGGGACGCUGGUCCUGCUGGUGGAGUGGCCCAGGGGCCUGCUGGAGGCUCCCAGGACAGCCCCCAGGGUGCCCACUCGGGGCUCGAGGUCUUCUCAGGGAUGAUCUUGAAGGUGGAGGAGGAGAUAUAGGGCUGGUCGGGGGUGCUAGCAGAGCCAGAGGGCAGGAGCAGGGCCUCCGGUCUUUCCCCUGCUGAGUCCAGGCAGGGGAGAGGUGCAGUGACUGGGUCUCCAGGGCGCUGGGACAGCUCGAGUCCAGGAGACCGGAAGGAUGAGAGGAUAUGGGCUGUGUACCUGUGGUGCUGCGUCCUUGCCAUUGCCUGUGGAGUGUGGUGACCUGCAGGGAAAGUCUGCAGAGAGCCAACCUGUGGGGCCCAGUGGACCAGGUCUACUCAGAGGUGAUGCUGUUGGAGGCUCCAACCCCAUGUGGCAGUGGCUGUGAAAUCUGCAGCCAGCGCCCCAGCAGGCAGCUGGAGGCAGGGGAAGUGGGGAAGAUGCACUUCAGGGCCCCCUGCUCACCGGAGCUCUGGAAAGAGUGGCUUGGCCAGGCCCUAAAAAGGUCCCGGCUGUGAUCUGGCGUGACUCCUGAAAGCCCCUGUCCCCUUCAUGGGCGUGUACACUCGGAGGCCAGGGCUCCUGUGUCCUACCUGAUUCUGGCCCAGGGGAACCGCAUCCCAUGAGCCUGGAAUAAUUUCUCUCCAAUUUUCUAUGUUGUUAUAAAUACAUAAAGCUAUAUAUAUAUAUAUCUAUGCCCAUAUAUUACUUGGUACUGUAUGGGGCUGGGAUGAUGUUUUGUACUUGUAGAUUUUUCUUGCAAAAAGUAUUUUUUUACAUAAGCAUGAAAUAACAAAGCAGCAGCAGUGCGGCUGCCGAGGAGUACAUGAGUUGGAGCCUGCUCCUCGGGCCUGGCGGGCCCCGCUGCUUUCAGCCUCCCUGUGGGGGUCCAGGCACAUCCCUGCAUCUUCAGAUCCUCUUCCUCCAUUACUUCCUUUGACUCUUGGGAGAUCCCUCGGCGGGGCUGCGCCAUCUCCAAUCCCUGCACAGCAGGGCACAGUCUGCAGCCCCCCAGCCUGGGCAGCUGUUGGGAGCGAGCAGGAGCAGGAGGGGGGACCAGCCUGGGCCUUGACUGGUCUGGGGCCUCCAGCCGCGUCCUCUGCGGCCCCUGCCUGGCUCCCAGGGCCCAAAGCCUGUCCCAGGAGCAAGAUGCUGGCUGACUGGCCUGAGUGGGAAGCAUGCUGGUCCCAGCAGCUUCUGGGGAAGCUCUGGCACAGCCAGGAGUCAAGACUACAGCGUCCCUGAGAGCAGGGAGAGGGGCCUUUUCCUCAUUUCGCAUUUUUCCGUGGAACCAGCAGUGUGUCAGUAACUCUUGUCUGUGAAAGAACCUGAGGUGUAGCCACAUGUCCAGCUGCCUUCCGCGCACACCUGACCUCCCUCCAGGCUACCCCCUCUGUAGAUGCACAUGGUUCUGCUGUUGGUUCUAGGCGGGGCCUCCACUCUGAUGGUUCCACUCGGGAAAGCUGGCUUUAUCCUGCAAAACCAGCUGACCUCAGUCCUUCCACCUCCAAGAAGCCUCUGUAGAUCUUCAUUCUGGGUUCUUGUCCACUAAAAAUACCCACCUUGGGCUGGGCACAGCGGCUCAUGCCUGUAAUCACAGCACUUCGGGAGGCUGAGGCAGGAAGAUCACUUGAGGCUAGGAGUCCGAGACCAGCCUGGGCAACAGCAAAACCUUGCUUCUACAAAAAAUAAAGUUCAAUAAAUAAAGAUACCCAGCACGGCUAA